ACGUGGCCUCUGAGAGCCCGUCCUGCACACCUCCUGACCUGCAGAGCCCAGUCCUCCCAGCUCCAGGACAAGGACAGAGCAGACAGUGAGAGGCUGGCCAUGUCCCCCAAUCUCACCUUCCUCCUGGGCCUUGGGCUCUGCCUGGACCAGGUGAUCCUCACACGGGAGGGGGCCCUGCCCAGACCCUCUAUCUCUGCUAAAUCAGGCUCUGUGAUCCCUGGGGCGUGGCCUGUGACCAUCAUAUGCCAGGGCCCUGCUGCGGCUGAGACAUUCCGCCUGGAGAAGGAUAGAAAAUCCUACAGGGAUCAGCGAAACGUGUCCCAACUUGGGCCACAUGAGACAGAAGCCAGAUUCCACAUCACUGCAGUGAGUGAUGACACUGCCAGGGGUUAUUGCUGCCGCUAUUUUAAAAGGUCCACCUGGUCUGAGUGCAGUGAGGUCCUGGAGCUGAAGGUGACAGAGGAGGAUGUCUCUGCUCUGCCCUCAGAAGCCCCUGGUGAAGUCAGCCCGCCGCCCACAGAAGCGGGUUCCCAGACAGCCGCCACCUCCUCGAAUUACAUGGUGGUGAACUCUGUCCGCAUGGGGCUGGCCGGUGUGAUCUUGCUGAUCCUGGUGGUGAUUCUGGCAGAAGCUUGGCACAGUCAGCACAGGUUCCAACAUGGACCACAGGGAUGGAUACAGGAGGGAGCCCACCAGAGAGAUUAGACCCCCAGGAUCCAGGAGGGACAUCCCCUAGAGCUCUGAGGCUCACACAGGAGCCCAAGGAGACCCAGUGCCCGCCAUGGGCUGUGGGCUCUGCAGUGCACCUGAGAGAGGCUGUCCUGAAGGACCCAGACCCCGUUCUUGGGAGCACAUGGGGUGCAGUGGUGACACAUCCCAGCCUCUCCUGUGG